CAUCACACACCACCAACUACACCACCGGCGCGAAAAAUCGGCCUCACAUGGGACGAUUUCCAGUACGAAGACGAUACGGAAGCACUCCAUGAAUCCCCACCAGCACGCGCCAAACCACCAACCGCGCUGGACCUCACAAUCUCCAAACUCCACCACGACCGCCAGCGCUUCACCAAAACCAUUCCCAACGACCACAAAAACAAGCUGUGCAGCCCGCGCGACCGCAGCGCCGUCCUCGACAUUUACACGGAAGCACUGCACAAAAUCAACGCUACAAACCACGCGCAAAUGUACACGGAAGCCAAUGCCAAAAUCAGGACUGUCCUCGGCAUCCACAAGGCAGGGACCCGCGACGCCGUUUUCACGCACCAGUUACUCCGGCCCAUUGAGCCGCUGUACGCCAUGCCGCGCAUCGAGGUCCGACACGACAAGCAUGGGCAUCGUGCUGCGGUGCGGAUCCAGGAGUGGAGGAGAGACGGCUGGCCCGCCAAGUAUCCCGUUAAUGCGGUCCGAGAGGAGAAGGCGCGCAAAGGGCGGUUUGUAAGGUGGUUUGAGGAGGAGUGGGAGGAUGAAGUGGAGGAGGAGUGGGAUGAG